ACAAAAUGUGUUAUCUUUAUUGAGUAUCUGGUUCAAACUUUGGAAUGAAAGGAGAAAGAAAACCCUUACGAUCAACUAAUGAAUUUUGUUACUUAUAAAGAGGAAAAAAAAAAGAAGAUAACAAACUAGAGUAUUUGAUAAUAGUAGUGGAGUGCGAAGAGAUUGAACCAAAUAAGAAAAAAGAAUUAGUUACUUAAUACGUAUCUAAUAUCCCAAAACUAUUCUCCUGUCAGAACUUUGAAUCUGUUGUUCUAAACUUAAUCUUCUUCGUCUGAAAAUUUCGUUGAAAUUCGUUAUCAUUUCAGUUUAUAUGAUCCCCUGCUUUUUGUGAACGCAAUCUAGACUUCAUUUCUUUGAUAUGUAUCAUCAAAUUCUUUUGAUUUCUCUCCCAAUUUCACCUCUUCUUACACUGAUUUGAACUGAAAUCCCACAAAUUCAUCGUAAAAUCCCCUCCAAAAAAUCAGGAUUCGUGAAUUAGGGUUUUCCUCUCAAGUUAAUUGGAGUUCAAAAAUGGCGGCAAUUUAUAAUUUUUACAUUAUCAACAAAUCUGGAGGUCUCAUAUAUUAUAAGGAUUAUGGAUCAGCUGGUAGAAUGGAUACGAAUGAUACAUUGAGAUUAGCGAGUUUAUGGCACUCAAUGCACGCCAUUUCUCAGCAAUUAUCUCCUGUUUCUGGCUGUUUCGGAAUCGAACUCCUCGAAGCCGAUACCUUUGAUCUCAAUUGCUUUCAAUCUCUAACUGGAACAAAAUUUUUUGUCGUAUGUGAACCCGGGACACAGCAUAUGGAAUAUCUCUUGAAACACAUUUAUGAGCUGUAUACAGAUUAUGUGCUGAAGAACCCGUUCUAUGAAAUGGAGAUGCCCAUACGUUGUGAGCUCUUCGACAUCAACCUUGCUCAAGCAGUGCAGAAGGAUCGUGUUGCUUUGCUAGGACGAUGAUUGACCUGCAAUGCUUUAGAUGAAACUUCCAUGUUUGUAAAUCUCUCUUUGUGAACUUUUCUUUCAUCAUGUUUUUUCAUGAGGCACCUAAUGUUGCACCAGUUUGUUGCACCUAAUGUUGCCGUAUUUGUAAGAAGAUACAUUGGAUCGAGGACCGCAGAUACAUGAAAUGUCUGCUACAAGCUGAGAUGGAUCCCGGAAUUAAAAUUUUGAUAAUUAAUCGCGAGAUGGAUGUAGGAAUCUAAGAUUUCUUUUUCUUAAAUAAAGUCUAUAUUAGAACUC